UAUUAUCCGCUCCCCAGUCCAAACUUAUUACUGCAACAGGUACUUCUAGCUGGAGAAAGCACUAGUAAUCCAAUCUACCAAAUCUACUACAACCAGUUACAACUAAACUCAACUAAACAACUAACCAAAUCAGUGCCUAUUUAUCAACCAAGUUCUGUGUUCCAAUCCCAUAAAUACAGCUAAGUUGAAAAACAACACAAACUUGUGCUGUCGUUCCAUCCUUUGCUGAUUUGAAGUGACGGAACAUACGGUGAAAAUAUCCGAGAUCAUCAAACAAGACGAAUACCAUAAAUUGAUAAGAAUUAAACAGCCCGAGUAAAAACAUGUUCGGUCUUCUGCCACUGUCAACGAUGAUGGGCUUCAAAAUGAUGGUAUCAGCAUCUCCAUCCCCCAGAUCUCCCGAAAUCACGGAAAAAACCAAGAAAUAUGAUCGUCAAUUGAGACUCUGGGGUGAUCAUGGCCAGUCUCGUUUGGAAAAAAGUCACGUUUGCCUUAUCAAUUCAAGUGCAACGGGGACAGAGAUUCUGAAGUCACUGGUCCUUCCCGGUGUAGGGAGCUUUACAAUAGUGGAUGGAUACAAAGUGACGCAGGAGGACAUUGGAAUCAACUUUUUCUUGGACCAAGACAGUUUGGGAAAAAGUCGAGCUGAGUACACGACAAAAUUACUCCUGGAAUUAAAUACAGACGUAAAUGGAGAAGCAAUUGAAGAACAUCCAGAAAUGUUGCUUAAACAAAAUCCAAACUUUUUUAAUCAUUUCUCCGUCGUUAUCGGAUGUCAACUGGAUGAAAAGACUUUAGUAACAAUUUCACAAGUACUCUGGGAAAGUCAAGUGCCCUUUGUUUAUGUCAAUUGCAUUGGAUUCUUGGGCUGGGUCCGUGUUCAAGUUAAUGAACUUGCAAUUAUUGAAUCGCAUCCUGACAGCACGAUACAAGAUCUGAGACUGGAUGUUCCUUUUCCUGAACUUAUUGCAUACAUGGAUGCACUCACUAUUAACUCUCGCGAAGUUGCUCAGAAGACACCAUGGUUGGUUUUGCUAUUCAAAGCUAUUCAGAAAUUCUCUACCCCAAGCACUGGCGACAGUAUGGAUACAACAGGGUGUCACCCAUGUCAUAUGAAAAGCCAAGAGAAGCAAGAAUUUAAAAAGUAUUUAAAGCAAUAUUUAUGCGAAGUUGGAUUAAAGGAUACUGAUGAGGAAUUUGACGAGGUUGUGAAAGCAGCCAACAGUGCCCUCAGUCCGAGCAUGAUUAAUUCUAACGUUCAAGCAUUGUUGGAUGAUCCAAAGUCGACCAAACCAGAGAAAACAAAAUUUUGGGUCAUGUGCGGCGCACUUCGAGAAUUUGUUGCCAACAAUGGUCAGCUGCCAGUUCGGGGAGUACUGCCAGAUAUGAUGGCAGAUUCAGACAGAUAUAUCAACUUGCAGUCUGUAUACCGAGAAAAAGCGUCCAAGGAUGCAGAGGAUAUACUGGGUAGGAGUCAGCAACUAUUAAAACAAGCUGGAUUACAAGGGCUAACCAUUGUAGAGGAGGAUGUCAAACUAUUUUGCAAAGAAUGUCAAAAUCUCAGACUGAUACGAGGAUAUCCCAUGUAUGAAGAGAUUAAUUCAGUUCCAGUGGAAAUUCUUCAAGAAUUGGCUCAAAAUACGGAAGACUCAGACCAAGAAAUGAUGUACUAUCUUUUGCUAAGAGGUCUUUUGCGAUUUCAAGGCGAUUAUCAUACGUAUCCUGGUCUACUCGACAGAGAUGUUGAACCUGAUAUUAAUAGAUUCAAGGGGACGUUUACGAAACUCUUAAACGAUUGGAAUGCUACAAUAUCAGCCAAGGAAGACUGUAUUCAUGAACUUUGUCGAUACGGUGCUUGUGAACUGCCAUCAGUUGCUGCUUUCAUUGGUGGCUGUGCAGCUCAAGAAGUAAUUAAAAUUAUUACCAAGCAAUACGUUCCACUUGAUAAUACAUUUAUUUACAAUGCAAUGCAAUCUACUUCUUCAUCUUUCAAAAUGACCCGUGCAAAUUCAUAAAGACAAAAUAUAUGUAUUCCCUUUUGUAUUUUAUGAGAAAGAGAAGAGUCGUAAAUAAAAAAAAUGGCAUUCAUCAAUCAAUAAAUCA